AUUCACGGCCACGUAGCGUUUGGCACGUAUCGUCCGACCGGUCAUCUCAAAGUAGACACACAAUUCGAGCGAACUUCUAUAUUUCAUCUCCCCGCCACAUAUAGAAUUGUCUGCACAACGUACAGGGACGUCAUCGUGUGGCCAAAAAGCUCCAGGACGCGUUCUUUUUCGGUUUUAAACGGACCAUUUUCUAAAUCGUGAAAAUUCAAAAAGUUUGUCAAAUUGAACACGAUUUGCAGCUUAUCAUUCUGGGUUGAAGUGUACUGAGUAUACUUCAUGGUACAUCGACAUGGCUGAAAAUAAUAAUUCUUUUUUUCCUUAUUGAAAGGUUUGAAAACAAAUGUGAUUGGUACUCCAAACAGGAUUUUGAUCACUGUUAUUUAUGAGGCAUAUUGUUUUUAUUCCGGAUCAUAAUUACGUAAUAACCAUGACCAAAAACACGCUAUUGAAUAAUGAAGUUUGUCUGAAAACCACCUGACUUCAAGCCAACGUUUUUACAGAAAUCUUUUUUUUUUACCUAUCCUUAGAUCUUGAAUGAAGGAAGAGCAUAUUGUUUCAUCUAUUACAUUCAUGAUAAUGACGGGAGGAGUUAUGGCCAAUGUAUAUGCUUUGAUCAUUGCUGGAAAAAUGAGCUCUAUGAAUAGCUCAUUUGGAAUUAUAACGAAAAAUCAAGAAAUCUGCAAUUUGCUUAUGUGCCUCCUAUUUUUGUUCUACGUUUGCCCGAUGCAAUUAACGGAUUUUGAACCUUUUGUAAAAUUCUCCAAAUACAUUGGUCUAGCAGCUAUGAUUAUCUAUGAGGCAUCUAUGAAUUUGCAUUUGAUAAUUGCUUGCAAUCGAUUAUUUGCAGUGUUUUUACCUUUUCAUUAUGAUCAACUGUUUACAAAUUACAACACAAAAUUCAUGGUGGCUUUUUCCUGGCUGAUUGGAUUAUUCAUUUGUACAUUGUUCUAUUUUAUCUUGGGUUGUCACUUUUUCUACAGCGACACUUCUUUCACCUUCGGGUUUCGGGAAACACGGCGAUGCACCAAGAUCACGUGGUACUCGGAUUUUAUGCUCAACAACUCGCUGGUCAUGGUCACAUUAGUUUUCAACCUAUUGACAGCUUACAAGGCAGGCACUACCAGUAGGAGUAUGUUGCAAGCUGCAGGUUCAAGUAUGUCAAAGCAGCUGAAACGACGGGAAAGGAAUUUCCUGCGGCAGUCGUUUUUCCAGGGGUUAUCUAUGUUUGCUGGUCAGCUGACGUAUUAUUUAACAGCGCCAUUGGUGGACUCGAAGAUUAUUGUGUUUUUGUUGGCGAGUUUAUGGGCAUUUGUACAUGCUUUUGAGGGCGGUAUAAUUCUACUAACGAAUAAGGACGUGCGUAUAGCGGCUCAUACAAAAAAGCUCUCAGUCACCUCGGUGUUUGUGAUAGCACGGUAG